AGGAUAGACAGAGCGUAGUUUGCACCGUGGAUCUUUCACUCGGCACUCCGACGUAAGCUUUCGCGAUAUUUGGAUUGGCGAUCACCAGCAACACCUAAGACAACACGACAACGGUGGUAGUGGGCUAUAUUUUGGUUCAGAAAGAAAUCCCGUUCGCCUUCGAUUAGAGCAGUCGGAUAAAGUAGAGGAGGAAAGAAAAAGGUUCCCAAUUACGCGACACUCCGGCAUCGCAAAUCAGCUGAAAAUUACAAACUCGUGCUGCUGCUACAGUCGAGGUCGAGAUCAAUCCUCGACGGCGCCACCAACUGUCUGAGCCCACAACGCAACGGAAGAGUGCCAAGGAUUGACAAUAGAGUGUGCCAAGAAUGCGUUCGUUGACCCCCGCGUUGCUGCUGAUUGGCGGCUUGUUUCACCUAACAUUCGCCCAAGAACUACCAUACUACAUGCACCGAUGUACACGAGACGAUCCGGAAGUUAAUGAAUGUCUUCGCUACGCGGGAAACAAACUGGCGAAGCAUUUAAGGGAUGGUGGCAUCCCAGAAAUUGGAAUUGCAGAGGUUGAACCGGUUAUCGUGGACGAAAUCGGCAUUGCACUUGGUAGCGGCCCGGACGGCUAUCGGGCCACCUUCAAGAACAUCGAGGCCUUCGGUGUGAGCAAUCUGACCGUGGUGAACGUUCGCUCCGAUGUCGACACGCUCCAGUUCCAGAUGACCUUCGAGAUCCCGAAAAUUAAAGCCCGGGCACAGUACAAAUCGACCGGCGUUCUGCUGCUGAUUCAGGCUUCCGGUUCCGGAGAGUACUGGGGAGAGUAUGACGGUGUCAAAGCGAAGAUAUACUUCAAAACGUCUCCCUAUCAGGGUGACGAUGGUUUUACCUACCUGAACGUGGAUCAGGCGAAGAUGGACUUCAGCGUGAAGGACAUCAAAAUGGGCGUGGACAACACCUCCAACCAGAAUCCUAUUAUACAUGCUGCAAUGAACUUGUUCAUCAACUCGAACGCACAAGAGCUGCUGAAAGAGAUGAAACCUCAGCUGCGGACGAAGCUAACUGAACAUUUGCACAGCUUUAUGCAGCUGCUGUUCGACAGAAUACCGCUGGAGUAUUGGCUCGAAUGAGGGACGUCGCUCGGACCCCGUCCCGAAGUGGUCGGCCCCGCGAUGACGAGCUGAAUUCCGAGCCGAAAACCGACAACUAGCUGGGUAGAGUGUCAAUUUCGUUUGAUUGGUAAUCAGGUAUUCGUUAAGUUAAAUCUCAUUCGUUUUUAUUUAUCGUGAUAAAUUUGGCAUUUAUGUACACUGGUCGGACAUGAAUCUAUAAGGAAAUGAGCGAAUAUUUAUCUUUUUCAUUUGCUCUACUCGGUGAAGCCGACCAGCAACCAAUUGAUGCGAUUAUUGGCGAAUAUUGCUGCUAAAUAAGUGAUGGAAUAUAAAUAUUGAUACCGAAAGAA